GCAGCUGGCGGCGGCGGCGGCGGGGAUUGUUUUUGUUGUCGCUGAGGCCGGAAGAGCCGUGAGAGAGCCGGGUCCCUGUGUCCCCGCCGGGUGCCGCCGCCGCCCCCUGCCCAGCGCCCGCGUCUUCGCGGCGCCGCUUCAGCGCCAAUAUUCCGGAGAGCAAGCGUUACGCGGCGGCGGCGGCGGCGGCGGGGCCCGGAGCGGGAGGCGCCGGGGACCGGAGCGAGGCGACCCCCGUCGCCGCCAUGGAGGCGCUGGGACCCGGACCUCCAGUCAGCCUUUUCCAGCCACCUCGGCGUCCUGGCCUUGGAACUGUUGGGAAGCCAAUUCGACUGUUAGCCAAUCAUUUUCAGGUUCAGAUCCCUAAAAUUGAUGUGUAUCACUAUGAUGUGGAUAUUAAACCAGAAAAACGGCCUCGUAGAGUCAACAGGGAGGUGGUAGACACUAUGGUACGACACUUCAAGAUGCAAAUAUUUGGGGAUCGGCAGCCUGGCUAUGAUGGCAAAAGAAACAUGUACACAGCACAUCCACUGCCAAUUGGACGGGAUAGAGUUGACAUGGAGGUGACCCUCCCAGGUGAGGGUAAAGACCAAACUUUCAAAGUGUCUGUGCAAUGGGUGUCAGUUGUGAGCCUUCAGUUGCUUUUAGAAGCUUUAGCUGGGCACCUGAAUGAAGUCCCAGAUGACUCAGUACAAGCACUUGAUGUUAUUACAAGGCAUCUCCCCUCUAUGAGGUAUACUCCGGUGGGCCGUUCUUUUUUCUCACCUCCUGAAGGCUAUUACCACCCUCUGGGAGGCGGCAGAGAGGUCUGGUUCGGCUUCCAUCAGUCUGUGCGACCUGCCAUGUGGAAUAUGAUGCUCAACAUUGAUGUAUCCGCAACUGCUUUCUACCGGGCCCAGCCUAUCAUUGAGUUCAUGUGUGAGGUUUUAGACAUUCAGAACAUCAAUGAACAGACGAAACCUCUAACAGACUCCCAGCGUGUCAAGUUUACCAAAGAAAUUAGAGGUCUCAAAGUUGAAGUGACUCAUUGUGGACAGAUGAAACGAAAAUACCGAGUUUGUAAUGUGACAAGACGACCAGCCAGCCAUCAAACCUUUCCUUUACAGCUAGAAAAUGGUCAAGCUAUGGAAUGUACAGUAGCUCAGUAUUUUAAGCAAAAGUACAGUCUGCAGCUGAAGUACCCCCAUCUUCCCUGUCUUCAAGUGGGACAAGAGCAAAAGCAUACAUACUUGCCACUUGAGGUCUGUAAUAUAGUGGCAGGACAGAGAUGUAUAAAGAAGCUCACAGACAAUCAGACAUCCACAAUGAUAAAAGCCACAGCAAGAUCUGCUCCUGAUAGACAGGAAGAAAUCAGUAGACUGGUGAAGAGUAACAGCAUGGUGGGUGGGCCUGACCCAUACCUGAAGGAAUUUGGGAUUGUUGUCCAUAAUGAGAUGACGGAGCUCACAGGCAGGGUGCUUCCAGCUCCGAUGCUGCAGUACGGAGGCCGGAAUAAAACAGUAGCCACACCCAACCAGGGUGUCUGGGACAUGCGAGGAAAGCAGUUUUAUGCUGGCAUUGAAAUUAAAGUUUGGGCAGUGGCUUGUUUUGCGCCUCAGAAACAAUGUAGGGAAGAUUUACUAAAGAGUUUCACUGACCAACUUCGUAAAAUCUCCAAGGAUGCCGGAAUGCCCAUCCAGGGUCAGCCAUGUUUCUGCAAGUAUGCACAAGGUGCAGACAGUGUGGAGCCCAUGUUUAAACAUCUGAAAAUGACGUAUGUGGGCCUGCAGCUAAUAGUGGUUAUCUUGCCUGGAAAAACACCAGUAUAUGCGGAAGUGAAACGUGUUGGAGAUACCCUUUUAGGUAUGGCCACACAGUGUGUCCAGGUCAAAAAUGUUGUGAAGACCUCACCCCAAACCCUUUCCAACCUUUGCCUGAAGAUAAACGCAAAGCUUGGAGGAAUUAACAAUGUACUUGUACCUCAUCAAAGGCCCUCAGUGUUCCAGCAGCCUGUCAUCUUCCUCGGAGCAGAUGUCACUCAUCCACCUGCUGGGGACGGGAAGAAGCCGUCUAUUGCAGCCGUGGUGGGCAGCAUGGACGGCCAUCCCAGCCGGUACUGUGCCACAGUGCGGGUGCAGACAUCUCGGCAAGAGAUUGCCCAGGAGCUCCUCUACAGUCAGGAGGUCGUGCAGGACCUGACAAGCAUGGCUCGGGAGCUACUGAUUCAAUUCUACAAGUCCACACGCUUCAAGCCCACUCGAAUCAUCUACUACCGUGGAGGGGUGUCCGAGGGACAGAUGAAACAGGUAGCUUGGCCGGAGCUAAUAGCAAUUCGAAAGGCAUGCAUAAGCUUGGAAGAAGACUAUCGGCCAGGAAUAACCUACAUUGUGGUGCAAAAGAGACAUCACACACGACUCUUCUGUGCAGACAAAACAGAAAGGAAAAUACACGACAGAAACUUCGCUGUGGCUCACACUUGGAAGGUGGGGAAAAGUGGCAAUGUCCCAGCAGGCACUACGGUCGAUAGUACCAUCACACAUCCAUCCGAGUUUGACUUUUACCUCUGUAGUCAUGCAGGAAUUCAGGGAACCAGCCGUCCUUCACAUUACCAGGUCUUGUGGGAUGACAACUGUUUCACUGCAGAUGAACUUCAGCUGCUAACUUACCAGCUCUGUCACACCUACGUGAGGUGCACACGCUCAGUCUCCAUUCCUGCCCCUGCUUAUUAUGCCCGGCUGGUAGCAUUUCGGGCAAGGUAUCAUUUGGUGGAUAAAGAUCAUGACAGUGCAGAAGGCAGUCAUGUGUCAGGACAGAGCAACGGCCGGGACCCUCAGGCCUUGGCUAAGGCUGUGCAGAUCCACCAUGAUACCCAGCACACUAUGUAUUUUGCCUGAGAGUCUUGGAAAAGAACUCAACCAAUUUGGCAUCCCACGCAUCCUCAAAUGUUUCAGAUGCCUACUGUCUCUAGAUAGUGCCACAUUAACUUCAGGUGGUCCCCUACCAGCAGCUCGGAAUAGUUAGUUGCACUGAAUCUAUAUUUUGCAGCCCUGACUGAUGCAUCAACAAAAUCGAGCCAUUUUAAAAAAAAAGUAGAAACUCAUAGAUUAUGUUUUCUGAUGCACUGGACAAAAUUUUUACCUCAAUGUGCAAAGGCCGAUGAGCCUUGACUUUCUAAAGGACUUACUUUCCAAGAAGGAUUUCUAUGGGCUAUUUUGCUAGCUGUGGUAUUCACCGCAUCUAGUCUUAUAAGAGGAGUAUUUCCUUUUUCCUGUGUUCAUUGAACGAGGUGUAUGCAGAAGUGGGAGAGAAGAACCAAACGACCUGUUUCAUUUCCAUGCAACUUUUUAAUUGGAUAGGUUCAUAGACUUUCUAAUGGAGAUUUCUGACUUUGCCGCUGUAAAUGCCUUUAAGGUGCAUUAAUUUUUGAAAGUUUUACAUAUUGCUUUCACUGCUUUAUCUUACUGAUCUCUUCAGGCCUAUGCUGUGGAGUGCAAACUGCCCGGCAAUUGCACUAUAUUUGGCUGCAGAUUCAAACAGGGCAGUUCUCUUACGUGGCUGGCUUUUGUGAAUAUGUGACAUAAACAGAUGUGAUUUGUGUCAUAGGGACAAAUAACACUGCCAUGGUAAAAAGUUCUCCCUAUUUGGAAAAAAAUUAGCUUUUAGUACUUUUCCAAGUUUUCAAAAGUGCCCAUUUUAUGCUGCUGUGUGGUUUGUUAAAUGUAAAUGAUUUUUAAACUUCUCUCAUAGAAAAUUAACUUUGGCAAUAAGCAUUUUUUAAAGGCCCCUCCCCUUUUUCCCCCAAUGAGGUAGUUUUCUAGAUGAAAUUUUAAUAUGGUUUUUAUCAACUAUUUCUUAAUAUAACAUAACCUGGACAUUCUGAAACCAGUCGAUAAAGACAUAUAUUUCCAUGCCCUUUUAAGUAAUUGUUUGAGUUUUUUUAAACCUAUUUUAUGGUCAUAGUCAGUGUCCUGUCACUUUUUUUUUCUUUUAAAAUAAGCUGGAACCAGGAUGUUUCCUGAUUGGCCAAGCUUUGCCAAUAUAUAAGGCAUAUUGAGCGAUGCUGCACUUGAAAAAAAAAAGUACCAGCAUGUAAAAAGCUUGUUUUCCCUGGGAAUCAAGGCUGUACACACAGCUGCUUGCAGUACAGAUUUGUUUGCUCUUCUUUUAGCCUGAAAUGUGCUUGGUUUUGCCUUCCUCUUUUUCAACUACAACUAUGUAGAAGAAGAAGUUGAUUUUUUUUUCUUUUCCUGUAGAUUCUGGAUUCCCUCAUAGGAAGGCAGGACUCCUUUUCUUUUCCAACAACGGGAGUUGUCAUAAAGCAAGCAUCAAUUAGAACACAGGGGAAAUGUAUCCUAUAUUUACUGUAGAUAAUACUUUGUAAAGGACAAGCGUUACAUAUUCUAGGUAGUUCCACCCAGGGUUUCCCAGCCCACAUUAUACUCUAUCCUGGAAGGGCAAGGAGUGAAAGGUAAGAGGCUCUGUGGAGAGCCACACUCCUCAUGACUGAGGGGGGAGCUGGGAAAGAGACAGACACAAUAUUCUAAAAACAGUUUGUCAUCUAUCUAGAAACCGUUGGUGGAAACACUGGAUCAGAUGGUGAAGGGUGUUCUCUUGAACUCAUUAGUUGGUUCAAGGUCCAAGUCUGUUAAAUUAGCCUUCUUUUCAAAGUCCCAGCAAUAUAAAGCACUGUUCUCCUCAGUCUUUUAAACAAGCUUGUAAAUACAUUAAUGUUUACAUUUCCAUGUGCUAUUUCUCAGUGGUGCCACCAGUGUUGGUUGAGCUGGUCUCCAAGCGAGUUUUAUGAUGUCCAUGAAGUCCUAUAGCACAUGAUGAUGAGUGUAGACAUCUUCAGUCUCUGCAGACAGUGGGGAAAGCAAGUCCCUUGGCUGAAGCACAGUGUAGGCAGGAGUGAAAAGAUGGCAGAUACUUGUUCCCUAAGAUUCUCCUUUUUCUUGCAAAUACCUCACUUGGAUAUUACAAAUCAGGACACGUUGAUGAAUGGCUGGCUGCCACUUUUAGUCACACUUGUUCAGGAAGAGCACAGAAAAUGCUCUUCAGUACGGCCACUCUGGACCGAAGAAGAGGGGGGAAAAACAGGAGCUUUUUAGGAGGAGAACUCAUCUGGAGCCUGUGAUGUGAAAGAACUCUUGGCUGGCUAGCUGGCUGGAUGCUUGGGCAGCUGGUUAACAAUGCACAGAAGAAACUCUUGUCAUCUUCCUGCAUGAUGGAACAGGGAGCAAGCUGGGUGCCCAGAAGCCCUGAUCCACUUGCCUGCAGUUUGGUUCUAUGCUUGACCUGAACAAAAUGCCUGAAACACCUCAGUCUCUCCUAGUAUGCUGGGACCAAUCAGUAUGGUGGUUGAAGAAAAGCCAGGAGGUCAAUUUUUGUAGGAACACAGUACCAUUAAGGAUGUGAUGUUGUUGGACAAAUGGAGAGAAAUAUGGAAGAAUUAGGAUUGAUGGGGAAAAACUUGCUGAGGGAUGAAUAGUUAAGAGGUGAUCCCUGCAGAAUCAGAUCUGCAGUAAUGCCAUCACAAGCAAAUCUGAAUGCAUAGUUUUAAUUAGGGUUGACAAUUCAAAUAGUUAUCCCCCUCGAAACUGACUGAAUUAUUAUGCAUGUGUCAAUCAAUGGGAGGUGUGCAUUCUCUAGAAGUAGUGUUAGGCUGUUUGGUUUUCUUAAAUGCAGCCUAUUUAGGCACUAUCAUGUAGUGUGGAAGAUUGCAGUGUAGCAAUGCUAAAGAAUAACAGUUGGGGGCUAGGGAGCACAGGACAUUAAGAAUGGGGAAGACUCAAAUGUUGAACCAAUUAUGUUUUGUUGUUAGUUGUUGAAUUCUGAGAUGUUUAUAAAGUGAACCAGCUGGCUUGAUGCAGCCAGCUACCUGGACAGGCAAACCAUUUUCAUUCUUACUGUAAAUUCUAUAUGCUGCUUCCAAAGGUGAUGAUUUAUAAGCAGGCAUGUUCUAUAUUGUCUGUAUUUUAAGAUCUGGUGCCCAACCUGUAUCCUAUACCAGAGCUUACCCACCUGGCUCAGUUGCCUAUUCCUUCCCAUGGGAAUAAGCAAUCUACUGUUUUAACAAGGCUUACUCGCUCUACCCUGCCCUAGUUGCCCUCUGUGGAUAUACUGUAAGAUUCUCUUGCUCAUUAGCAAGGUGGCAGCUCAGCUUUCAUUUUAAGAAAGCAGAGGUUAAGGGUAUUGUAUUAAUAUUGCUUCAACUCCAAGAAUUUUUUCUUGUAAAAUUAAAGGAAAGAUCUUUAUUGGCCAACCAUUUUCCUUUUCCCUUGCUAUUAACAUAUUCAUAUUCUUUCUGUGUCCACUGGCUGAAAAUGUUUGUGUUUGUUCAUCUGACUAAUGGCAUGGUUUGUUGUUUCUCUAUGGUUAGACUUGUAAUGUUUAAAAAUGUAUUUUAUUAAUUUAGGCUGGGUGUCUGUCUCUAGCAAUACGAGGUACUUUCUAAGCUAUUAAGGAAGGGUUUGUAUCCCUGUGUGAGAUAAGAUGAUGAUGUUUAUUUUAUUUUUUGCCCUGCAGGGAUGUUUUGUGUUCAUGUGUCCAAAAAGAUGGGUGGGUGAGUGGGGGGAUAAAUUGGCAUUCUUAUGCUAAAGGUUGUUUUUCUCAUCAGUUGUGUAAUAAAUAUGGAAUACACUGUAAUGACAUCAUACAUGGCUACUUUAAAAAAAACAGUUUCAUCUAUUUGAGAAAUUGAACAAAGAAGAGAAGUGAAACAAUUGUGUAUUUAAUUUCUGGGUCUCCCUAUAUUUAGGGAUUACCACUUGGGAAUUUUUGAUGAUUCCCAGGAUCAGUUCACAUAUGAGAACUUUGACAAGAUUCAUCAGGGUUCUAGGUACUGCUCUCAAUGGGAAGCUCUGAUUAAGUGAUGUCUUAAGGAAACUGGUGAGGUAUGGUGGCCCACUCCAGUAAUCCUGGAAGUUGGGAGACUGAGGCUGGAAUAUUAUUAUAAUUCUGAAUCCUUGUGUAUUAGCUACUUUUUUCUUGAUUGGAUAAAACAUGACCCAAAAAAGCCUGUGGGAGAAUUGUUUUCCCUUUGCUUAUGUUUCUAGAGAGAGAAUCCACAAUGGUGUAGAAAGCAUGGCAGCAGGCAGCCUCAGAAACCACAAACAUGAAGCAGAAAGUGAUCUGGAAAUGAGGCAAGGCUGUAACCUCUCAAAGCCUGCUCCCAAUGCUGGACUUCCUCCAGCAACGCUGUACCUUUGCAUAGCCUCCUGAAACAGUGCCACCAACUGGGAGCCACACAUCUCAGACAGACCACUACACCGUGUCUCAAAGACAUGCAAACAAAACAACAACAAAAAAGUCCCAAGAAGACAGUGUGGCCUGAUGCUUAUGUUUAUGACUAGGUUCUCUAGAGAUGCUCCCCAAAUUCACACAAAGCAGAAGUUUCCAGUCUCUUGUGUUCUUUGGUUUGGGACAAGGUCUCCCUGUGUAGGCCAGGCUGGUCAUGAACUCUUACUCCUGCUUCAGUCAUCAGGGACAUCUUUAAUCUUAACAACACUUCUUUGAGGUUGAGGGAGGAAUCCUCAUUUUCAAAAAAAAAAAAAAAAAGAGCUACUGGGUUGAGGGCAUAGUUCAUUUGUGCAAUGUGUACAUAUGGCCAUGAGUUCAAUCCCUAGCAUGGCAAAAACAAUAAAACCAGCCAAUAAACUUCCAAGAGGUUAAAUACA